AUAAUUUCUACCUGGUUUUGCUGUGGGUGUGAUUAGAGGGAAACAUAAAUCUACAGACUAAAGGGUGAGGUAUUUUAAUAAGGGAAAAUACAUUUACAAAAAUCUAUAAUGUAUUCCCCAUUUUAAAAGAUGCAUUUUUAUUUGUACAAGCAAUCACAGUCCAAGUGUAGAAUCCUAUACGUGCAAUAGCUGCUGUCGUGACUUCAGCAAUAUAUGAAUGUCCUCUGUCAGUAACUAAUGGUGUUCUUCAUUCUAAUACUAAUAUGGUGUUCAUUCAGUAUCCACCAAAGAGAAGAAUGAUCAAACCGCAGGUGACAAAGUAUACAAACUGUUGCAGUGCUGCUUCUGUCCAUCGGGGGCGCUGUGCUGUGGGCCUCGGCCCCAGGUGUAGGCAGGUAGGCACGCAGCUGGAAUGUUCUUGCGACAUUUCACCUGUUCCGCAACACGGGAUACACCUUCACCCUCAGGAAUUCUGACAGGAAUGAUAGCUUUCCCCCAGCCUGUCAGACAGGCUGUGCAUGUAUGGUCAGCAGGAUUAAGUAAGAGCCACUGUUUACACAGUUUGCAUGUGAACCGCAGUACUGAGCCAGAACCCCCAUUCAGAUGCUGAAUAUCAGUUCUGAACAAAGUGUGUCCUCUACAGCCAGUCAGAGCCUGCAUCUCACAGAUCAUUACUGACUUUCCACUUUAUUAAAGCAUCUGAACCCCCACAAUGCACCCGCGGAUCUCCUGUAUGGAGAGCAGGUGGGUCGGUGGGGGCUGAUGUGUAAAUAUAAAUAAAAACAUUACACUCUUCACACAAAUUGUCCGUCAACUGGUAAAGUCAAAUCGGCAGCCAUUAAGCGUACUGUUGCCGUGGCUUGGAAUUCCGGCUCCGCCUCCGGUGAUCAGCGCAAUUGCGUCGCAGGUGUCCCUCAAGCAAUCUGCUUAAUAAACGUUAAUGAUUUAUUACCUCAGACACGACGAGAGAACUAACAGCGGAGCCGACGCAGGGCGAGUGCCAAAUCACAGAUACAGGAAAGUAGCGUCCCGCUCGCCGCCGGCCUGUGUGCAUAAACGCGUGCAGUUUAGGCAUACCGUUCACACAACCCACUCCUAACAUUUGACCAAGACCUGACGCCGUCCAGCUUUUCAAAAACCGAAACCCUAUGAGCACCAGCGUCAGGCAUAAAUUAAACACUCGAGCGACAUCACAUUCAACAUUCACAUCAACGAAUCUAACACGACGACCCACAAACUGGCAAAAACGUUGAUGGUGGAUUAAGUUAGGAAAAGUUAUGCUUGUGUAGCCUAAUAGAAUCAAAAAGCAAAUUACCAAUAGGGGAAACAAAGUGUCCCUCGUCUUUACUUGUUAAACCAUCCGGACCGGUACACCAAGUUUUAACCACUCAAAACAUUUCAUUAGUCACAGAGUGAGACAGCAUGAAUGUAUGUACAGGUUAAGGAUGUGAUUGCCACAACCGGUCAGACCUGCAAACUGUGAGUGGGCGUGGGGGCUCAGGCACGGCGAUAAAGAGUUGCCUUUACACAACUUUGUUGUCAUAUUGCAAUGUGAGGGACUCCGAUCUGAGAGCAGAACCCGUUGGGAACAAUCCUGCUAUAGCAGUUUGAACACGCGCAUUGUUUUAUAAGACUGGUAUGAGACGGAUACGACAGAACAUUUUCUUAGUUUGUGCCAUUUUAUGUGAUUGCGGUUCGUAUUGUUUUUGUUUAACCUGUUAUACAGUUGGCAAGUGUGCUUCCAUCUUCGUAUAAAAAUCGGAAAGAUAACAAGUACGACAUAGGCUAAGUCUAUAUUUUAAAGUAGGCCUAUUAUUUUAAGUCGUCGUUUAACUGUAAAAACGUUCAUAGUAGGGAACACUGUAUAGCCAACACAGCGGCACAAAUUCGAGAGAGUUUAAGUACCUCCUGGUCGUCUGGUCAACAUUUGGAGCGUCGCUAUGGAGAUGCGUGACAGACAGGACCUGACGCGGAGAUAUCCUCACCCGUUCGUGCACGAGCUGCAGCUGACCACCGCGCAGAAAGUCCGGGCGGCAGUGUUGGGUACAGUGCUGUUCCCUCUGCGUGUGGGACUGGCGGCGCUCUUCUUCCUGAUCAUGUGGCCGAUCGCUCGCCUGCGAUUCGCCGGGCUGUCGGAGGAGGAGCGGGCACAGCCGAUCCAGGGGUGGCGGCGCUGGCUGCUCCACACGCCAGUCCUCCUGCUCAGCCGUGCGGUCUUUUUCUCUCUGGGCUUCCUGUGGGUCAGGGUCAAAGGUCGGCAGGCGGCUCCGGAGGAAGCGCCCCUGCUGGCCGUCGGGCCUCACAGCAGCUUCCUGGACAUCCUGGUGGUGUUGCCCACCGGCCUGCCCACGGUGGUGUCCCGCUCGGAGAACGCCACGCUGCCCGUCAUCGGGGCUCUGCUGGAGUUUAACCAGUCUCUGCUGGUACGCAGAACAGAUCCAGACUCCAGGAGGCAGUGUGCUGCUCAACUUAGAGAGAGACUCACAUCCAACGGCCGCUGGCCUCAGAUGCUCAUAUUCCCAGAAGGCACCACUACUAAUGGUACAGCGCUCAUCAAGUACAAACCUGGGGCGUUCAUGGCAGGAGUGGCAGUUCAACCUGUAUUACUACACUACCCCAAUAAACUGGACACAGUACGCUGGACUUGGAAAGGGACCAGCUGGGUGCAGGCACUGUGGUACACCACCUCUCAGCUGUACACCAAUAUUACUGUAGAGUACCUGCCAGUCUAUACUCCCUCCCAGGAAGAGAGAGCUGACCCCGCCCUCUACGCUGAAAAUGUGCAGAAGCUCAUGGCCCAGGCUCUAGGGAUCCCUGCCACAGAUUAUGUGGUGGAGAGCCAGGUGCCAGUGAGGAAGCUGGGCUGUCUGUCCCUCCCCACAGAACCACCUGCAAGAAACGCUCUGCGCCUACUGCAGCAUGCUGGUGUAUCAGAUAUGGUGGGCAUUUUGAAUGUGAUGAUUGACAGGAGUCAGUCAGGCCAGGAUGGGUUGAUACAUUCAGAUCAAUUGACCUCACUGCUGGGACUGACGGACACUCAGACAGCCACACAGAUCUGUGCCCUGUACUCCAAGGGGGAGCAUGUAGAACUGAGGCGGUUGGCAGUGGGUUUGGCUGCUGCCUCAGGGCUGCUGCAUGUGGGCUCUCUGAUUGACACGGCCUUCACUCUCCAUGAUGGAGGCAGUAAAGGCAGUCUUACUGCAGUAGAGUUUGGAGACCUGCUGGGGGCGCUGGUGGGCUGCGCUCAGCCUCAUUAUGCUCAGCUGUACAAAGAGAUGUCCAGCAGGAGGCAGCCGACCCGCGACGAUCUGCAGGCAUUACUGACAGAACACCCCACCUAUCAGAAACUACUUUCUCAAUACUUCCAGCCUGAGGAGGCGGGACAAGCUGACACCACGCCCUUGGCCAAUGAGAAAACAAAGAGUCACAACAAGGCUUUGAAAAAUGGGACAGCUUUAUCCAAUAAGAAAGCAGACUGAGAAUUUCAUCCCUGUAUAGGUGUUUAUUUGUGUGUGUGCAUGUAUGUGUAAAUACCUCAGUAUGAGUCUGUACGGAUGCCACUGUGUAUGACUGUAUGUAUGUUAGUAUAAAAUAUUGUGACAAAAUGCAGCUCAGGGUUUACUAAAUGAAAUUAUUCUAUUUUAUCAGCUGUGUAAUUUUAUGGUAGUUUUGUACAAAGGUCUGACCGUCAGAUUUUCUUUCUAAUUUGUUUUAUUUGUAAGUAAUUUUUAUUAAUUGUUCUACAUGUGUGAAAAUGUUUGGCCUCAUAAUAAAUGAAACUGUACAGAAUGGAAA